UCAACGGUCUCCAUUUUGUGAGAGCUGUGGUAGUAGAGCCGAGCGUUCUCCCCGCGAAAAGGCGAAAACCAGAAACGACAUAAAAGUCAAAGUUAGCCGACGAACCGCUCGCUAACCAAGUUAUUAUCCGAAAGGAAAGCAAAUCUUAUCGUAUGUCCGCUAUCCAGAACCUCCAAACCUUUGACCCCUUUGCUGAUGCAACUAAGGGUGAUGACCGCCUCCCAGCCGGGACAGAGGACUACAUCCACAUAAGAAUCCAACAGCGGAACGGCAGGAAGACCCUCACCACUGUCCAGGGCAUCUCUGCCGACUAUGACAAGAAGAAGCUAGUCAAGGCCUUCAAGAAGAAGUUUGCCUGCAAUGGGACAGUGAUUGAGCACCCAGAGUAUGGUGAAGUGAUUCAGCUACAGGGAGACCAGCGCAAGAAUAUCUGCCAGUUCCUCAUUGAGAUUGACCUGGCCAAGGAGGAGCAGCUCAAAGUCCACGGCUUCUAGAAGCUGCAAAUUGGCCCUCUCCCCACCUCUCCCAGAAGACCAUUAAACUCCCCCUCCCCUCCCCCUCCUCCUAUGUGCUGCUGUUGCUCUUCCUCCCCCCUCUCCCCCCUUGCAGCCCCACCAGCUCCUAUUAGCUAACACGUGAAUUACCUCUGACAAACAUGGGACUCUGUAACACCACCGCCCCCCUACAACACCAGGGGGCAGGCUCGCUCUCACAAAGACACACCACUGCAGCAGCGCCACACAACAUCAGGGAUGAGUGGUGAUGACCCUCCUACACACACUUCCUCCUUCCUUUUCCCCUUAUUUCCUUUUUAAUUUUUUCUUUUUAGGUCUUGUGCCACAAUAAGGAGGCACCGUUUUCAUGUAACUUUUUUGUUUUGUACUUCAAGGUGUUUCAAUAAAACGAUGAGUCUCCA